UGCAAGAGCAUAGUGUCCAAGAUGCUCCUGAGAUGUAUCGUUGCAAUGAAUCAUUGGCUUAGGCUCUACUCUUAAAAAACAGCAGUAUGAAUCCAGCUGCUAGAAUAUUAUAUUUUCUUUUUAAACGUUAACUCUAACUUAAACCUAAGAAAAGUUAAAUCUUGAUUUAAAGCGUUCGUGACUGCAGGAAUUCAUACUCUUUGGGUCUUUCUAUGUACGUGACCUUACUGAAAAACCCAAAGAGUAUGACUAAGAAAAGAUUAAUAGAAAUCACGUAGAUUGCCAUGUUUGUACUGACCAGUUUUAUGUCUGUGUAAAUGUUUCAGAUGCUGAAUAGUGAUUGGUUCAUGAUGAACCUGGUGGCCAAGUCUGGAAACCAAGAGCUCUUCAACACGUCGCUGUAUACUGGAUAUUUUCCUUGGUUAAACAUCAUUAUUCAAUGUGAUCGAUAUUUCUAUCAGCCGGGUCAGACAGUUCAGUGCAUAUUAUUUGGUGUCUAUGGCAAUCGCUUGCCUUACUUGGGACGCUUUAACAUCUCUCUGCAGAGUUCUUUGGGGGACGUAAAGAAGACCUGGCAGAAUGUGCAGGGAGAGAAGGGAAUUGUAUCCCUGCAGUACUCACUGUCUGAGACGGCGCUAGAAGGAUACUGGUAUCUGCAGGUGGAGGCAGAAGAGCACGGAACCAAUAGCUACUGGAAUGCAUUUGAAGUAAGAAACUAUGUGGAUAUUGUGCUCAUUGACGUCCCACGCUACUUCGAUCUCAGUGGAAGUGACGACCUCUCUGGAGUGAUAUCUGCAUGGUACCAGGGCAAGACCUUCAAAGGCACAGCAACUGUCACCAUCGGUCCAUAUUACAACUCUAAUGCAUGGAUUACGAAGGAUGUGAAUGUUGAUGGAAAUGGAUACUUCACUUUCCGCCGGAGUGAGCUUACACAGCUGUUUUUUGCCAAUACCUCAGAAAUAUAUUAUCCAACAAUCUCAGUCGUCAUUACCGAUGACGCAACAGGUAUGUAUGUUGAACUUUUUUCGCGCUGUAUGUAGCCAA